AUGCUUCAAACAAUGCUCUUCACGUCGCUGCCGCUUCUGACGGCGGCGGCGUAUCUAGACCCCUCGCUGCAACAGCAAAAGCCGUUGCUAGACUCCAAGCCAGCGUCGUCACGUGCACUCACUCUCACACUGGACCAAAACCUUCACUACAUCUUCGCUGCCUCCGACGAUGACUUCACGCGUACCCGUCUCGACCAACUCCAAGGUCCAUUGGUUGGGUACGGCAUCGAAGAGGUCGCCGACCACGCCAUCACCAUCAACAUUCCCCUCAACUCUUCGCUCAAGGGUACCGCUACAUUCUCCAGUACACGUCAAGCAGCACUUUGGCCCCAGUCUACCGAUCAGUUCACAUGGACCCCACAGCUACCACUGCAUACCCUGUUCAUGCUAGGCGCACGCAUCCCCAUGCUAGACAUUGGCAUCAGGAAGGAUGGUAUGCUUACCAUGCCUGCUAAGUCCGCGACUCUCGAUCUAAGCACACCCUACAUAUACGUUCCAAAGGGUAUCUGGGACGUCUUGCUGCUAGCUACGACUACCGAACAGCAAGCCAGGGACGGCGAGGAAGUGCUGUACGUAGACUGUGGGGCGUUGAGCGUCUUCCCUGAUCUGGUAUUUGGUAUGGCACCAAGUGAGUGUGGGGGUGGUGAGGAGAUGGCAGACGACGUCGACGAUGGUGAAGAGGAUUAUGACGAGGACCAGGAAGAAGAUUACGGAGAGCUGGUCAUUACACCCGGACAGUACGUCUUGCAGACUCCGGAGGGGAAAUGCAUGCUUCUGGCUAGGAACGCAGACGCAGACUCUCCUCCUGAUGUACAGGGAACAGUCAGUCUUGGUUGGGCCGCGGUGAGGGGUCGCGAAGUCAUACUGGAUCGGCAUGUUGGACGCAUUGGCUUCGAAAGGUCAGUAUGA